AUGUCAAAAUACGAGCCCCUUCUCGAGUAUCUCUUCCUCCACUUUGACGAGGACAUCAUCAUCCCCGGUUGCACCGACCAGCUUUGGGAUGCUAGCUCGCUCACCAUCCACCUGUUGCGCCUUGUCAAUGGGCCACCAUCUGCUGCGCAUCUGCUGAAGGCUCUGCCUGCUUUAGAUUUCCUCACCCGUAUGGCGCUUGCCGGUGCGCUCGAGCAGCAGCCCAACAUGUCCAUGCGACGCACCACCGGCGAUAGCACCGUCGGUCCGGACCAGGAGCCUGCAGUGCCCAUCGCCGCGGCUCCAGCUAUUCCAGCUGAAAGCCAGUACGCAUCAAAGUCACCCUGA